AUGGAGAAGUUCGACUUGAAAAAGCGGGAACAGGAUAUGGAGGAGAGGGAGAACGAGAAGAACGUAAACGGCCACCUGAAAGUGUGGAGGACGAAGAGGACCGAGGUGAACAACGAGGACGGUAACGCGAAACUGUUUCACAGAUCGGGGUUUGGGGACCCGUACCUUGAAGAGAACAGCCUGAAAGAGGUUGUUCACGACCGCAAGAGGCGUAGCAAGGGGACGCCGUCGGACGAGAAGUGUUACGCGAACGAGGCGGCUCUGCCCUCGGCCCAACAGCUCAACGAGAACGAGAGGAUCGACGAGAAAAAUCUGAUCGAGUUAUCGAAGACGCAGACCAACGACGCGGCCAACGCGUUCGAGAAGAUCGAAACGAACGAUUUGGGGGGCGUGGACGCGUUCGGCCGCGUGGGGAGCAAAUUGACGAGCGACACGGGGGGGAACAAGAUCGACGAGGCGGGUUCCAAGGCGAGGGAGGCGCGAAAAGAGGAGGGGAAGGACGGGGGGAAGGUAGCCGGUGGAAAUUACCAAGAUCUGUCGCAGGAUCUGUCGCAGGAUAAAUCGAUCGGCGUGGAGAGCAGCAAGUUGACCGGCAAGGGCAAGCAAGAGAAGGAGGAAAGUCUCGUGGGAGGGAACACUUUGCAAAUCACCUCCGAAUCUAUGAGCAACAACGAGUUGCCAUCGGUUCCUGCCGCCGUUGCAGCCGCUGCCCUUUCCCCCUCCUCCUCCUCUUCUUUUUCUUCGUCGUCCUCUUCCCCCUCAUCGAGCGAGAUCGCCUCUUCGUCGAGUCGAGACAAGGAGGAGGAGGAGGAGCGGAAGAAGGAAGUGGUUCGCGGGGCAACGACGGGCAACGAGGGGCAAAAAUUGUCGGCCGAGCAAGAGUCGGCCGAGCAAGGGAAGAGAUCGGCGGACGGGACGGGGGGGAACGUUAAUCUCCACCUCGAGUCGGAGAACAAGAACUUUAUCCAGUACAGCAACGAGAACGUGAAGGAGGGUAAACGCCAGGCGCCGUUCAUGCUCGAUAUGUUCAACGUGAAGAAGACGUUGCUCGAGAAGGAGGAUAAACCAGGGAAAUCGAUCUCGACGAUUUUCAACAUGAAACUGGCUAAAGCGGAGGUGGACACGGCCGCGGUGAAAGAUUGCACGAAAAGGGGGGACGAGAAAGAGGUGGAGAUCCCGAUUACUAAUGGGAUCCUCGAAUUCGAGAAGAAUAAAGUUAAGGAAGUGCCGUACGAAGACACGGGGGGUCUCGCGCCGCUAUCCUCCAACAUCAUGGAGAGGAACACGGUGGAUGAGAAACGACUUAAGAACUCCGGGGUGGAGUUCGACAAAAGAUCGGGACAAAGCGGGAUGAACGAGGAAGGGAUUCGAAAUUGGUUGGAAGGCGAUCAUAAUCGAAUGGACGGGAGCGCGAGUAUGGCCGAGAAACGAAGCGACGCGUCGGACGGGAAGGUGGUCGGUGGUAAAUUUAAGAACGAGGAGGAGUGUUUGAACGAUAACGCGGUGGAUAAUAAUAAUAAUAAUAAUGGUAAUAACAAUUUCGUGGAUAAAAGCCGCGGGAACGUUGGCAAGGAGAAGGAGUUGGGCUUGAUGGCGAAACAGAAUCUCCAAUCUGCGGAGGUUAAGGAGAAAGGGGGCGAGAUCGAGGGUGAGAGGAAACGGAAGAAGAAACAUCAGGGGGGGGGAUUCGUUCAGGCCGAAAUGAACGAUCAAAUGGCGUCGAACGAAAGGGUAUAUCCAGGGCAGAGGAAAAUCCUUCAAUACAUGGAAUAUUCCAACGACGAAGUGGAGGACGCUGAUUCGAAUUACAACGACAGGGAGGAGGAGGAGAAUCAGCGACAAUCGGUCAAUGCAGAAAAAAGCGACGUAUCGGCGCGUAGGAAAGAAAGAUCUACGGUCAGCGAUAAAAAGAAAGCGAAGGUAAAUGUGAUGAUAAAAAGCAAGAUGAGCAAACGAAAGAAAACCGACAAGAGUAGGAAAAGGCGUAAUCCGAACGUAAUCGAGUAUUACGAAUACGAUAACGAUAUGGAUCAAGAGAACGACGAAUUGUCACCGUCCAACGAACAAGAACGAGUGAAAAAUAAUUAUCAAGACAAAAACCCUAUAGAAUUUGAUGCGGGACUUGGUAAUGAUGCGUGCACUUCUCCAUCCUCGAAAACCUAACGUGAAAACUGCUAAAAAUCUUGCGUAGUAAAGUUUCGUCAAAUUUUGUAUUCGCAACCUGUUCAAGUCGCCUGCUGUUCGAUGCGCCUCCGGGUUAGGUGAAUUGA